AACACGAGAACACGAGAGCGGGGAGGACCGGUGGACGGAACAGCGGAGUGUGAAGAGUGGUGAAGAGAGUUAGAGAAAAGAAACGGCAAUCUCGAAAAUAAAAGGGAAGAGUUUCGCGCGUUCACCGCUAUUCUAAAUUACUUUUGACAGAUUCGGUGGCAUAAUAUCAGAGUUAUCGAUCGGAUAAUCAAGUCGGGCGAAAAGUGGCGAAAGGUGAGCGCUGUCCGCGAGAGGCCGAUGAUGUCCGCGAUGGGUAAGCCGGUGCUUUAUUCCUAUUGGCGAAGUUCCUGCUCCUGGAGGGUAAGAAUUGCAUUGAAUCUAAAGGAGAUACCAUAUGAUAUAAAGCCUGUUAGUUUGGUGAAGAGUGGUGGAGAACAACAUUCCAAUGAAUUCCGCGAGAUUAAUCCAAUGGAGCAAGUCCCUGCGCUACAUAUUGACAAUCAUACUUUGAUAGAGUCUUUGAAUAUCCUACAAUAUUUGGAAGAAACUAGGCCAAAUCGUCCAUUGAUGCCGGCAGAUCCUGUUAAAAGAGCUAGAGUGAGAGAGAUUUGCGAAGUAAUUGCCAGUGGUAUACAACCAUUGCAAAAUCUUGUUGUUCUGAUCUAUGUCGGAGAAGAACGUAAGAAGGAAUGGGCGCAGCAUUGGAUUACUAGAGGAUUUACAGCUGUGGAAAAGUUGUUAUCGUCGAGCGCGGGCAAGUAUUGUGUCGGCGACGAGAUUACAUUAGCGGAUUGUUGCUUGGUACCACAAAUAUUCAACGCACGAAGAUUUCACGUUGAUCUCAGACCCUUCCCUACGAUUCUGAGGGUAGACCGUCAUUUGGAACACCAUCCGGCCUUCACUGCGGCUCACCCCAACAAUCAGCCCGAUUGUCCACCUGAAGCGACCAAGUAGCAAGCGAGGCAGACCACCCUUUUUCUCUUCUAAUUUUUUAGGGGUGAAAAGAGGUGGUCUAUCGUAGUAUCAUAGUGAUAAAAGGUGAACAUGAGUUUAAUUGCAUUUGUUCGCAUUUCCAAUGUGUUUGAAUUGCAACAAAAUGUUUUGUUUCUAUAACGUAACUAAAAUUGUAAUCUAGAAGGAAAUUGAUAUUUAUUAAUUAAA